GAAAGGGAGCAACCGCGGCACCGUUCUGCUGUGGCUGCUGCCACACACUCUAGCUCAGUUCCCGUGUGGCAGCGAAUCGGUCCAGUAGUCAUCGUCGGUGCGGUUGGCCACACUUUAAGGCGGUGCUUGUUGGGACGAAAGUUUUUGCGACCAUCAUGCUGCAUCACGCUGAGUAUGAGUAGGUGUGAGGCCGAGGGGGAGAACACGCCGUCACGCGGGCAGCAUAAGUGUCACCGUCAGGCGCGAGAGAGCGGUUGAUAUCCCGGAGAGUGUUUGAAGUCAAGCGUGGCCGAAAAUGUCAAGUGCCUGCUGCUAGCCCGCCCGGCAGAGCAACACCAGUGCGAGGGCAAUUAAUGUGUCGAGCAGCGCCGUGACGCUUGUUGUUCUUGUGUUGUUGUGUUGAGUAGUUGGUGACAAGUUGGGACCGUUGUUUAUGUAGCGGAUGCGGACGGGGCCGCCCGUGAGUACGUCAAAUCAAUUAGUGCCGAGUCGGAGUCGAACAUCAAUUGAGCUAAAUCUGAUUUCAUCAGUUUUGUGGUGGUGUUGGUGGUGGUAGUGGCGUGCGUUGUGGUGAGGUGUUAGUUCCGAUUUUGGGGUGUGCAAUUUGCGCGGUCACCGUUUGGUCGGCCAGUUUUAAAGAGGUUUGCCACAUUUAAAGGUGGCGCUUCGGUCCGGUGUGGCUGGCUGCGUUUGCGUGCGCAAAGAUGGAGAAGAACGUUCCCGCUCCGGAAGGCGUUGAACUGUUGGCGGUCAAAUCGGAUGGAAGCCAAAUCACAGCGCCGAGCCAGUACGAUCCACACAAAUACCGGGAUGUGUCGAAUCCCACCUCCACGCUCGGCACGUUCGUGCACGUCAUGAAGUCGGCCCUCGGCAUCGGCAUCCUUUCCGUGCCGUACGCGUUCAAGAACGGCGGGCUCGUGUUUGGCGUGUUCGGUGCGUUCCUCUUCGCGAUGCUCUGCUCGCACAGCGCGCACAUACUGGUCAGCACGUCGUACAAGAUUUGCAAGAAGGAGCGCAUACCGGUGCUCGGGUUUGCCGAAACGGUGGAAAAAGCGUGCGCCAACGGUCCGGCCAGCGUGCGAGCGCUCGGCACGGCGCUACGCAACAUCAUCGAUUGGUACCUGAUGCUGACGACGGUCGUCGUGUUUAUCGUGUUCGUUGGCACCACGCUGCGCGAGGUGGUCAACUACCGCACCGGGUGGGACUGGAGCGACCGCACGUACAUACUGCUUGUCGGCGUGCCGAUCCUGUUCAUCACGCAGAUACGCGAGAUCAAGUAUCUGGUCCCGUUUUCGGCCAUCGCCGGCUUUCUUAUCCUCGCCAACAUCGUCAUCUCGCUCGUGUUUAUCUUCCAAGAGCCGCUGUCGCUGGAGAACCGGCGCAUGCUGCCGACCGCAUCAACGGUCGCACCAUACAUGGGCAUCGUGUACUUUGCGCUGGACGCUACGUGUCUCAUAUUCCCGCUGGAAAAUCAGAUGCGUCAUCCGCAGCACUAUCUCGGCUGUCCCGGCAUCGUCAACCUGAACUACCUCUGUCUGGCCAUCCUGUACAGCUUCUUCGGUGCCGUCGGCUACAUCCGGUACGGCGAUGACGUGGAAAGCUCCAUCAUACUUAACUUCCCCACCGAAAACGUGCUGGUUUCGUGCGUACAAGUGCUGUCGGCCGUUGCUGUGCUAUUUUCCAUUGGGUUGAUUUUUUACGUCCCCACCGAGAUUGCCUGGAAGAAGCUGCACACGCGCGUACCGAAACGGUGGAACGGGGUGGCCCAGAGCGGGCUGCGGCUGGGCAUGCUGGCAGUGAACAUAGCGGCCGCCUGCGGCAUUCCUCAUCUCGGUACGUUUAUGGGACUGCUGGGGGCCGUACUGAACCCCAUCCUGGCCCUGUGGAUACCGAUCGUGGUCGAUACGGUGUACCGGUGGCCGAACGAUUUCGGCCGGCUGCGGUGGCGCUUGGUGAAGAAUUUCGCACUCUGCUGCUUUGGACUGUUUCUACUGGUGACCGGUACCAUUUCCAGCGUAAACAACAUCAUCGCACUGUACAACUGACCGGGUAUAGACGGUGAAAUUAUGGACGGGAUUAGGGGAUAGGAUAGGAAAGGAAAAGGCUCUUCACCUGUUCGCAGCAGCAUUAACAGGAAACGAAUAUGCGCAAU